AUUCUGGUAUAAAUCUUUUUCCUUCAAUCCAGGCCAACUGAGAAAACACAUACAGAAACCCACAUUCUCAGAAACCCAGAGAGCGAGAGGGCAAACGAUAGCCCUCUCACUCUUUUCUUUUUUUCCGAAUUCCUUCAAUUAGGAACAAGAAGAAGAACAACAAUAACAAAAAAAUAUUCAUAAAUAAUAUUAAGAACCCUUCAAUCAUAAUCAUAUGAUUCUCCUUCCCCAUUCAAUCCCUCUUCUUUGAUGCGACGAUCGCAUGCCCGCACUCGGGUCGAUUCUAAACCCAACAGCAAAAUGGAUCCCAUCAAGCUCCAUAUCAGACCUAACCAACGAUCCUCUAAUCUCUUCUCCAAAUCCAAACCCUCCAAAUCAAGCUUAUUGUCUGUUUUCCUCUCUUCUUUUUUCACCCUGAUCGCUCUUUUAUCCUGCUAUUUUCUCUUCAAAAAUGGAUAUUCUUUUGAUUCUCGUAAAAGGUAUUGUAUUAUUAUUGACGGAGGCAGCACGGGCACCCGGAUUCACGUGUUCGCAUACCGAAUUGAGGGAGGCAAACCGGUUUUCGAUUUCGGCGAUGGGGCUAUGAAGGUGAAUCCGGGAUUGUCGUCGUAUGCUGAGGAUCCGAAAGGGGCUGGCAGGUCCUUGGAGGAGCUCGUGGAGUUUGGGAAAGGGAAAGUGCCCAAAAAGCUUUGGGGAGAGACGGAGAUUCGGUUAAUGGCGACGGCUGGGAUGAGAUUGCUUGAUUAUGAAGUUCAAGAGAGGAUUCUGGAGUCGUGUAGAAAGGUUUUGAGAAAGUCCCGGUUCAAGUUCAGGGAUGAUUGGGCCUCAGUUAUUACUGGCUCCGAUGAGGGGGUAUAUGCUUGGGUUGUUGCCAACUAUGCAAUGGGUACUCUUGGAGGUGAUCCUCGUGAAACAACUGGGAUUAUUGAACUUGGUGGAGCUUCUGCUCAGGUAACUUUUGUUGCAAAUGAAUCAGUGCCUCCUGAGUUCUCACGCACUGUUAAGUUUGGGAACAUUACUUACAGUAUCUACAGCCAUAGCUUUCUUCAUUUUGGCCAGAAUGCUGCUUUUGAAGCAUUGAGGGAAUCACUUGUCUCAGUGGACUAUCAACCAGCUUCUGAAUCACAUGAGAAAGGAAUAUUUGUAGAUCCCUGUACUCCUAAGGGUUACUCACAUGCUAUGGAAUCUUGGGAGCUCUCUCCAUGGUCAAAGGAAAAAAAUAAAUUUCUAUCCAGUCUUCAUUCACAGGGUAACUUCUCUGAGUGCAGAACUGCUGCAUUAACGCUGAUACAAAAGGGAAAAGAGAAAUGCUCCUAUCAGCAGUGCUACAUAGGAUCAACUUUCAUACCUAAGCUUCAGGGGAAGUUCCUGGCAACUGAGAAUUUCUUCUAUACAUCAAAGUUCUUUGGAUUGGGUCCAAGUGCAUUUCUUUCGGACCUUAUUAUGGCUGGGGAACACUUUUGUGGAGAAGAUUGGUCAACAUUGAAAAAGAAACACCAUUCAUUUGAUGGUGAUGAUCUGAUGCGCUAUUGCUUCUCUUCAGCGUAUAUUGUGGCCCUACUUCAUGACAGUCUGGGAAUUGCAUUGGAUGAUGAAAGGAUUGGAUACGCCAAUCAGGUUGGAAACAUCCCUCUUGAUUGGGCAUUGGGAGCUUUCAUCUUGCAGAGCACUGCUGCAUUUGACAUGCGGCACCCAGAUUGGAUAACCACUAUUAUUAGUGAUGACUCCUCCACACUUGUAUCCCUAAUUGCCAUUGCCAUAUUGUUGAUGUAUAUAGCAUGGUCUAUAUCAAAGUGUAGAAAGCCCCAGCUAAAGACAGUUUAUGAUCUAGAGAAAGGGCGGUACAUAGUUACUCGUGUUGGAAGAAGUUGAUAAGUAUAUUUCAAGGAGAUGAGUGCUUUUUUCUGGGCUUUGUAGAUUAAGAGGAAGCUCCUGUGUAAUUUCAAUUAGCAUUUAAAUAUUUUUUAUGCUCCCUUCGGGGGCAUGUCCAACUGCCAAAGUGUUCUCUCUUAAAGCUACCCUUUUCCUUGGAAAGGUGAGGUUGUACCAUGCUGAGUUGUAGUGUAACAUAGGAUAGAAGAUUAGAUUCGUUUCCCGUAUUGUAUCUAGCGAGACUUCAUCACAGCAGAUGCUUUUUCUAGUGCAUUUUUUAUUUGGAGUCUCCCCUCCCACUUUUAUGUCUCUCCCUCAGUUACUGAGGAACACAAUAUAUUUUUAGUGAUUUAACAUAUUGUUUAUUUCUGAUCUGGA